UCCAGUCAUCUGUGUGGCGUCGAUUGAUGGCGAUCACGUGACCACCUAGUGAUUGUCAUUUAUUUAUUCGAAGGUUGAUUGGUUUUUCGCAGGAUUAGGCGAUUGCGAAUGAGGGCGCGAGACCCGUUAACUCGGUCGCCAGCGUUGCCGUCAUCGUCGUCGCCGUCGUCAUCGGGGGUCGUCGGUUGCCCGCGGAUGUUGGUUGCGGGGAAGCGGUACAAAAUGGCGUGCACGGCGCGCACAGCUGUUGUUUACCUACAAAUGCGCGCUCGCAAGGCAGUGCGUCGGGACGCGUAGAUCCUCGCGCUCGCUCGCCGAGAGUUGGCCCACGUCGGACGCGCGGGAGGAUGGGAAGUCGGUGGAAAAUUAAGAGCGCAUAAGCGAGCGUGUGAAAACGAGGACUGGCAAGCGGAAGCAGGCGGAAGCAAGCUGGAGGUCGUCGGGAAGAGGUCGGACGGGAAUCGGCCGAGUCCCGGAUUAUCCUAUGGGGAAAACGGCCGCAACGCUCGGUGGGUCGGCGAUGACGGACGUUGCGAAUUAACCCGAGAGUGUUCGCCUGGCGUGACGAAGGAAUAAAUUAUACGGAAGAAGCCACCGACUACGGCUAACGGAACGGAUUUAUCAUGAAUGCCAGAACACAAUUAUUCGAACUCAGCAUGGAGGGUCGGCAAGUGGACGAGGCAGUAGCAAGUAUUUUUCACAGCGUCCUCUUUCAUCGGAGCCUUGGCAAGUUCAGGUACAAACAGGAAGGUAGCUACUCGGUAGGAACCGUCGGAUAUCAAGACGUCGACUGUGAUUUCAUCGAUUUCACUUACGUCUGCUGCUCUUCGAUUCAUUUGGAUCGUACGCUGAAGCAAGAGAUUUCGGGCUUUUCGGAGGCACUGCGCUCCACGGAUAGUCCUGGAUCAGGUCAGAUCUCCUUGGAGUUCUUUCAAAAGAAAAAGAAUCGCUGGCCGUUUCAGCCCGAAUGUAUCCCAUGGGAAGUUUGGACCGUACGCCUGGAACUGAUCAAACUUGCAACCGAACACGAGCGUCAAAUAUGCAGAGAAAAAGUAGGGGAUUUACUGACCGAUAAGAUUCUGUACAUAACUGAAGUCAUGAAUCGGCACGAUUAUCUCCCCAAAAUGCCUAACCAAACCGAGUUAGACUUGAUUUUUGACACCUCGUAUCCCGAUAUUCAGCCUUAUCUCUUUAAAUUAUCUUUCACGACUUCAGGACCUUCGAGCACCACAAUGGGAAAUACUAUGAAAAAAUUGAUAAAAGAAACGCUUUCCAUUUAGUCUACCUGUGUGCGAAUGGAUUUUUAAACAAAUGUGUACAGAGCGAGAGAAGUCAAGUUCAUCGUUAAGACUAAGUUUGAUGCACUAAAUGCAGAAAUACCAUUCUCGACAUUCGAGGUCUCGCGACACUGACUCGCUGUGUCUUGAUAAACGGACCUUAUGAUAUUUAAUUUCUCACGCGUAAUUAUUUCUAAUGUAAAACGAAAACAGUUGAUCUCACAGAUGCACUUCGAUGCAUUGCCGUUUUAGCCAAAAGAGAUCUUACUUGAGAACAUUUUCCACGUGUGAGUUUUAAGUUGUGAACCAGUUUAGUCUUGCUGUGUGAUAAAUUGCUUAAUUUCAAUUUCCACAAAUAUACAUCACGUUAUCGAGAACCACAGUAUUGCGUGAAAUGUAAAGGCAAGUCGCAAGAUUAUGCGAGUCACGUAAUGGCUUUUAACUCAAAACUUUUCUAACAAAGAAACAGUCAAUGAUCUUUCGAUGGCGAUGUUCUAUAAUUUGAAACAAAAACCAUAUAUAUAGAUAAAUAUAUAUAAAAUAUCAUGUACGUAGCAGCCGUUGCACUGCUCAUGUACGCCUAUCUACUGUAUAGUACAAAUAAUUGUAAAGUUACUUUUACGUCUACGUGUAUUUGUUGCAUAAUAAUAGAAGAACACCGAGGGCAGCAAAAGUUAUACACACUUUGUUCCGGUUAAUUGUAAUUACGAGUCCUAGUGGACGGAAGGUAUCCUUCGAAUCAAAACCGAGAUAGGCUGCUACGUAAAACCGCUACGAGCCUCGAGUGUGAUUACCACACGAAUUGUGAUUACCGUUCACUUAAGGUCAAGUUUUAAUGCAGUCGUUCGAUUUAAGAUUGCACGCUCCACGGCGAGUUAACCCUUUUUUUCUUUUUUUUUUCUUUUUUCUUUCUUUCCCCCCGGCGAGAGAACAUCCGGUGCAUCGAAUUUCUAACCUCUCAUUCGUUUGCCGUCGUAGCUUAGUUGUCCGAAUUGCGUCGUAAGUUUUCCACCGUGUCCGGGCGUAAGAAUUGCGCAAUAGAUCGCAUCGAAUCGACGAGACACCGACUGAUAAAACUGUCAUAAGAAACUAUGUCCUCCGUUCGAUUACCAGAGAACGAGUUAUCUCCCCGUUAGUGAGCGAAUUUAAUUAAGUGACACGACCGCUUGCGUAGUUCACCACGAUGUUCACGCGUUACGAUUUCGGAAUCUUGGAUGGCGUGGUGCUUUCUUCCGAGAUCUAUCUUAUUUUACAUAUCGAAUAUACUCGAACGAGCGUGCACUGAUAAAAAUGCCUAUGUAUAUUUACGUUAUUCCGAUGCCACUAUAAAUUGCAGUCUCCGUAACGUCACAUUCAGCGUCCCAGUUAAAUAUGACAGAAAAACUAUAACGUAACGUUACGUUAAAUUCAAGAAAGAAAGAAAAAAAUGCACCAAUACGGUGUAUAUACAUUGUUAUGUGUAUUUAUACAUUUUCCAAUAUGUAAUUCUUCCAGUGUGACAUUGUUCUAGGCGAAGCUUAAGUUACAAAGUGUGUAAAAGAAUCUGUGCAAAUUCCCGUCGAUUUUUAUCAGUGCGGUCUCAAUUACGACGUGUUCGAUCUGAGACGUUAACACUAAACGUACUGGUACUUUACACAUACCUAUUCUUACCAUGAGGGGUCAUUUGAUCCCUUAUGAAAUAAAUGUUGAUUUUUAGAAAGAAAUUCUUAAUUUAUUCAAGCAACUAAUUCGCGACGUAACUUAUGAUUUCUAAUAAAAUAUUCAGACAUAUAUAUUUUCAUCUUUAAGCGAGCAAAAAAAAUAACAAUGAAUGAACGAUUUUAAAGUAAAUUUUGAAAGAGGUCAUUUGACCCCUUAUGAAAUAAACGUUGAUUUUUAGAAAGAAAUUCUUAAUUUAUUAAAGAAACUAAUUUGCGACGUAACUUAUGAUUUCUAAUAAAAUAUUCAGACAUAUAUUAUCAUUUUUAAGCGAGCAAAAAAAAUAAUAAAUGAACGAUUUUAAAGUAAAUUUUGAAAGGGGUCAUUUGACAUUGCUUGGUACGUUUAGUGUUAAACAAAAUGCGAGCAAACUCACGCGGUAGCGUUUCCAGCUCUGGUUAAACGCUUUACCAAUCCCAGAGGCGUACGGACUCUCUUGGUCUCUGCUUUUAGCGUUAAACUUUUUACGAAUAUCAACCGUGGACCUUCUUUGUCAUCCCGGAGGGGCCUUUCUUUUUUUUAAUUCAACAAGAUUCUCAAAGAGCCAUAUCUUGGACCGUCGCAUUUGCCUUGCUCUCUCUCUCUCCUCUUCUGCGAUUUUAUAUUAACUCGGCUUAAAUGGCAUACGCGUUUAUUUUCGUACCGCUCAGUCAAGUACAAAUCGUCGAUCUUUUUCUUCGCACCACGCGGUAUAACGUGUUCGAAUGACUAAAGAGAAGGAAAUAAAGGGAAAAAAGGAAAAACGGUUUUCGUGACAUAGCUCUGUGUAUUAUACGUCGCGGUGGAUAUGAAGAAAAAGGAAAUUAUAUCUGUAUAUACAUAUACAUGUAUAUGCGGAUCGAGGGCGGGUGAAUGGGUGCGCGUAAAAAUGUGAAAAAGAGAGAAAGUAAUGGGGAGUACGCGUAAUUAGGGGUACGCGGAAAUCCCGCGGAAAUGCCGCAACGCGCGUUUGCUACUUCUAUGAUCGUCCCUAGAAGAAGUCCUGCGCGUGCGCGACCGUGAUAAAAAGUCUCCUGACGUUUUAUAUGUAUAUCUCCUAUUUGUUAAAAGAAAAAGAACUAUGUAUAUAUAUAUGUAUACACACAUAUGUAUGUAUAUCGAGUUUCGACAUAAGCGCGGGGGCGUAUACGCGCUUAGGUACACGAUGUAGUCCCGGAGAUAUACGACCUGUACAUUAAUAAGUUAGAGUUUGCAGAAUUGCAAACGUCGGCGUUACACGAGGAGGCAUGGCGUUGCGUUAGUUAUAACGGCGAUUACGAUUACCGACGACCGACUAAUAACAUUAACAAUUGUAUUUUAUAAUAGUAGCUCGGAGCGCUGUACAUACGUAGGUGUAAAAAGACGGUGAACUGUGUUAAAGAGACGAACGACCAUAAUUUAGAGAACGAUUCCAUCCA